AAACAACGGCAGCGCUAGCAGCGUUAGCCGCGUGGAUGUGUGGAGUUAGCAGGAAGACGAUGGUGUGGUCGCACCGCAGAUAAAUAUUUCAGUGGUAACGAAGCGACAAUGUCUUCAGUUCAGUAUCUGAGAGAGUUUGUCAGCGAGCGACUAACUGCUGCUGCUGAAGAAAUAUUCGGAGUCUUUGAACAAACUAUCGUCGAGUACGAGGCAGAGAUCGAUCGUCAGCGCAGACUGCUGGAUAUCGUUUGGAAACCCGAGAUAAAGCUGCACAGGAUCGAGCUCCCACAGCAACAUGUGUGUAAGGAGGAGGAGGUUCUCACUGACCAACAGCUCUGGAACCAGCACAGGAACUCCAGUCUGGACCCAGAGCCUCCACAGGUUAAAGAGGAACAGGAGGAGGUCUGCACCAGUCAGGAGGGAGAGCAGCUUGUACUGAAGCAGGAGACCCAGACCUUUAUGUUGACUCGUACUCAUGAGGAAAGUGAGCACAGUGAACCAGAACCAAACAGGGACCACCAGCUCCUGUCUCACUGCUCUGCUGCAGCUGAGAACCAAGACCAGAGAGGAGGACAGCAUGUGGACCCAGGACCAACCAGAGAUGCAGAGUCCAUGACAAAGAAGAGACGUCACAACAACAGAAGACACAGAAACAAGGUGGACAACUCUGCCACCACAAAGAGUCUCUGUGAAACUCACACAGGUACAGAGGCUUUAAAAUGUGACACCUGUGGUAAAACAUUUAAGUAUAAGUCCCAGUUGAAUGUGCACCUGAGAAGCCACACAGGUGAGAAACCGUACCCCUGCAACACCUGUGGGAAACGAUUCAGUCAGAUAUCAACACUGAAUGUUCAUUUAAGAAUCCACACGGAUGAGAAACCAUAUCCCUGUGAAACAUGUGGGAAAGGUUUCAGAACCAGCACAGGUUUGUCGCUCCACAUGAGAACCCACACAGGUGAGAGGCCCUAUGUCUGCAACACCUGUGGGAAAGGGUUCAGGUGUAGCAGUGACUUGUUGGUCCACAUGAGAACCCACACAGGUGAGAAGCCAUAUUCUUGUAAAAUAUGUGGCAGAGCUUUCAGACGUAACAGCGUCUUGAAGCUUCACAUGAGCGUCCACACAGAUGAGAAACCGUACGUGUGCAAGACGUGUGGGAAGAGAUUCUGUAGAAUCUCAUUAUUAAAGUGGCACAUGAGGAUCCACACAGGUGUGAAGCCGUAUUCUUGCAAAAUAUGUGGGACAAAUUUUUUAUGUAGCAGUGUCUUGAAAGUCCACAUGAGAACUCAUACAGGUGAGAAGCCGUACACCUGCAACACCUGUGGGAAAAGAUUCAGCCAGGGAUCAUCACUGAAUGUGCAUUUGAAAAUCCACACAGGUGAGAAACCGUACUCCUGCAACACCUGCGGGAAAAGAUUCAGUCGGAUACCAGACUUGAAAAAGCACAUAAGAACUCACACAGAUUAAAAGUGAUGUAGCUGCUGAACGUGUGGGAGAGUUUUAGUCACUGCAGCACCUGAGGGAGAAGAUUCUUUGACGGUGAGUUGGGAGAUCACACACGGGCAGGUAUGAGAGGUUAUCCAUCAGCUUGUGACGUCAGGUAGAAGAAGUCAGACUUAGAAAACUUUUUUGUUUUCUGUGAUUCCAUAAACCUGUGACACAAACAUAAGUUUUAAACAAUGUAAAAGUUACAAGGUGCUUUAUAAAUAACCUUUGUUUUGUCAAAUAAUUGUGAUAAUAAAAGUGUUAUGAGCAACA